AUGGCUUCGGGGGCUCGGACUUCUGAACACAAAGCUGUGCAAGUGACGUCGGGUUCCUUUACACAUAAGUUUGUGGACACCAUAAACAGUGAGAACAUCAAUACUUUAUGUGGCCUGCCAUCAGUAGAAGUUCUUGAUGGCCUAGUAAGGUGCUACGAAAAGAUUCAUCCACUCUCGGGACGGCACCAGUUGUCUGGCAAGGAAAGAAUUGCUCUAACUUUGGUCAAGCUGGAGCACAAUAUCUCGACAGCGUUUCUCAGCCAUCUCUUCAGCUGUUCACUAACAACCUGCAGCAGUAUAAUUGCAGAAACAGUGCAGAUCUUGUCUGAGAUAUUGAAAUUAACGGUGGCUGUACCAACAAAAGAUGUUGUUGAGCAUUUGCCAAAGCGUUUCAAACAGUUCAGCAAUGUGCGUGUCAUUGUGGACUGCACAGAAAUUCCAAUAAGCCAGCCUAACUGCCUGCGAUGUGCACUGCAGUGUUAUUCCUUCUACAAGAAAGGUUUCACUGUCAAGUACAUGGUGACUGUUACCCCGAGUGGUCUCAUUGCCCACAUAAGUGAGGGAUAUGGGGGCCGAACAUCUGACAAGGCUAUAUUUGAACAAAGCCGUCUGAUUAAUGAACUUGACCCGGUAUCAGAUGCCGUAAUGGCAGACCGUGGCUUUCUGAUUGAUGACGUCUGUGCUGACCAUUUAAUUGAAUUAAUCAGGCCGCCAUUCAAAAGACAGCAAAAGCAGAUGUCUAAGGGUGACGCCCUUCGAACACAAAAGAUAGCGUCGGCAAGGGUCCACGUUGAGCGUGCGAUACAGCGUAUGAAAAUAUUUAAAGUCUUGUCGACAAGGAUUCCCUGGAGCAUGGUGGGACUACUUGAUGACAUUGUGGUAGUGGCGGCUGGUAUCACAAACUUGUCAUCCCCAAUUUUAGCAGCACAUCGUUUUUUGUGA